AUGGGGGAGACGGGAACUAUGCCAAUCCCCAAUCACCAACUGAAAGAGAAACAAAACUUGAGAAAAGAAGUCAAUCGAUCAGCAAGACAUGAAGCCAGGAGCUACUUUUCUCUUAGAUUGGAGACUCAGGGGAUUACUAGAAAGAGGCUCGGCUUAGUAGGUAGCAGUCCCCUAGGUCAGACUUUGAGUUUUCUUUAUUUCCAUCUUAGAGCCUUCCCCAACGGAACAAAUGCUGCUGCUCCUUCUGUUCAGAGUUCGCAUGACUUCGCUCUCGUUGUGCGUGGACUUCCUAAUCGAACUAAGAUGGAUCGGGCUGUUGGCUCAGAGAAGGUAUCUGGAACUGGAAUGUUUGGGCACGAGAGUAACUCGACUUCAAGGCCAAGGUCCGAAGAUGUUGUCAAUCUUGAUUAUGGCAAGGAUAAGGAAGUCCACCGGGAUUGGCUUAAAGCUAAGCCAGGUGCUAUAGGUGAGGAAGGUUUUAGAAAGCUAGAGUCCGGAAGUUAA